AUGAGGCGUUACACCUACAUCAUGCUGACAUGCAUCUUAAACAGCGUUGUUACGGUUAAAGUUAAAGUCAUAAUGCACUCUGAUGAGGAUUCCAGAAUAGAAGAUGACGAAAUUCCCCACACGGAGACUUGGGACGCCAAACAGAAAGUAGAAAUAACAAUGUUGCCAUUUCUGAAGAAAUCUCACGGAAACGUAAGGCAUGAAGAAAAACAAGUAGAUUACGAGGAAGAAGUUCAAACAACUGAGAAACAAAAACAGAUCCACCCGAACGAGAUGCUCUUCCCAUUAAUAUAUAAACAGAGCCAUAUCAACAGUAUGUUCAAGUUUGGUGACAACUGGUACACCUGGUCCACGGAGAAACGAACAGAUGGCUCUAAAGCGACUAAUUAUUUUAUUUGCUACGAGGAACCGAAACAUUGCGAUGAAAUAGGAUGGGAGCGAACGGACACAUUGCCUAAGUGCGCUUUCCAAAUAGAAGCGCUGACCGCGGACGAUCGUGCUUGUAUCAACAGCUUUGGCAUAGAACCUCGACCCGGUAACGCUUGCGAUGGCGGAGAACAGAUGAAGGUAAGCGAUAUCGUAAAAUCAUGCGGGCCUCGCGUGAAGUCCCUAUGGCGUUUCAUUCGUGUGGGCCGUCGUCCCACCAACGUAGCCAAGCCAGCUGACGUCAACUCUCUCAUCUGUGAAGACGAGGAAGAGUGCUUCGUUUCUAUCGAGUAUAGGAUUCAUCACGAUAGAAUAACAUUCUCGCUUCAUGAGCCUACGCGAGGACAAACAUUCAAGAGUGCUCUCAAACGUGAGAUUGCUGACGAUGAAAAGGUCACCACAAUUGAACCGCGACAAAAAAUAGUUCACAGAGAGAAGAAAAAUCCAGAAGUAAGUCAAAAAAAUAGGAAACACUUAAGAGCCAGGAAAGUAGCUGAAGGAAAGGGAAUAGUUAAAGAAAAGAAUGACUCUGGCUACACGAAAAGAAGACAAGUCAAAAAUAAAAUAAAAUUCAGAGAAGAUAUUUCAGACGAUGUAUCGGAGUGA